GUGAUUAUUUUGGGCUUGUGUGGAAAGACUGCUCGCCUCUGAAGUUUGAAGAUGUUCUCUCUAGCUUUUACAUUGCUCUUAAUGCUCCCGGGGCUCUCUUUAUGCACUGCUAACCAAAACCUUUCAUCUAAAUACAACUUCAAUGCGACGCUGAGGCAAGACUAUUAUCAACUUUACUGGAGCUUCAAUGAAACCAUCAUAAGCUUUGCAGUUAAAGUCAGAACUACAGGAUGGGUUGGACUUGGUAUCUCGCCAGAUGGAAGUGCUCCAGGAUCUGAUGUGGCCGUAGGAUGGAUAGAUGGCUCUGGAAAUUCAAUGUUUCAUGAUUAUCAUGCAGUAGAGAAUAGACUAGAGAGAGAUGUAAUGCAGAACUGGGACCUAACAAAUGCUGAGGUAGGGGAUGGAUAUACUGUCCUGGAGUUUUACCGCAACUUGACCUCUUGUGAUAAUCGUGAUCUUGACAUAGUGGCUGAGCCAAUGCAGGUUUAUUAUCUAUGGAGUAAUAAUAAACCAGGCUCUUCUGGUGAUUUACCUGCUCUCUCACAGAGUGGUUUUGCUGUACUAAAUUUAAUCGGUCGCUUGAAUCCAUCUGGAAACAACAGUACUAGUGAUGAAGAAGAGAUGCUGUUUGUGGGUGUAGAGAAUGCUAUGGUAACAGUUGGUGGCUCAUAUUGGUGCAGAGCUCAUAGACUUCCAAACUCUAUUCGCCAUAAUCCCAAAUACAUCACAAAGUUUGCUGCACGGAUUAGCAAUGGAAGUGAAGGGAUUAUCAGUCACAUGAUUGUUCAAGUGUGCAUGGGGCUAGAGAAUGAGGACCUGUCUGCAGAUGGACGUUCUUGUGAUAUGGUUUCUAAUAGGUUCGACUCUUGCUUCAAUCAAGAUGUGAUAGGAGUCUGGGGGAGAGGAGGAGAGGAAUUUGUCUAUCCUGAUAAUGUUGCAUAUAAGUUUGGUGGAUCUGGUGAUCCUUUGUUUGUUGUCAUAAGGAUCAAGUAUGAUCGAACUAAUGCACUAACUGACAGUUCUGGUAUUGUGUUCACAUAUACAAGCACUCCCAGGGAGCAUAAUGCUGGAAUACUGUAUCUGGGUCACUAUCUCAAUCAAAAUAUGGUCAUUCCUCCAAGAGCAGAAAAUUAUACUGUACUUGGAAUAUGCAGUGGAGCUUGCACUGAAAACUAUUUUCCAACUGGUGGGAUCAAUGUAUUUGCCAAUCUAUUUGUUGCUGGUGGUCUUGAUUCAACUAGCCUUGAAAUAUCACACACUCGUGAUCUCACCUGUCCAUCCGGGAAUGAAGUUAGUACAGGAUUGAAGGCACUGGACAGAAAUUUAUUCUAUAGCACUAGCAUGCUACAGGCUAAUUAUUUAUCUAGUGACGUGACCAUUCAGCAGGGAGACAGUUUGAUACUGAGAUGCAAUUAUAAUGCAUCAACUCGAGCUAAAGUCACACUGGGUGGGGCUGGAGUACUUAAUGAAUCUUGCUUGUCAUUUCCAGUUUACUAUCCAUACACUGGAAUGAGUACCUGCACUAGCUAUCCUGUCUUUGAUAAAUACGGAGAUUUUGUUGAGAAUGAUGUGCCGAGCAGUAAUGAGGGGGAUUUCAAUGAUCUUAAUCUAGAUCCAUUUGGGGACUCUGAUCAAAGCUCUACAACUGAUAUAGCUAAUACUAUGAAUGAUCUAGAGUGGACAGAGGAUAGAAUAAGAGCCUAUGAGAGACUGGUGUAUACUGAAGGGAGACAAUGGUCAAUGUGCCCAUCUAGAAGAUCUGCUGUUGAUCUCCCUGAUACAAGUUGCUGUGGUUAUGAGCCUGAUAGUGUUUGUAGCACUGAUACCAGCACUCCUUGCUGUCAGAGACAAUGUGCCAUGAGAGUCAAUAGUGCUAUUGGAGUCUCUUUCAGUGUCACUAUUUUGGCUCUGUCUGCUCUACUCAUCUUGAUAUGCUAAAACUUAUUUUGCUGCUUUUUAUCUUGAACUGUGUGUGUAACUUUUCAUUGAUUUCAUCUAUUCUUAAGCACGCAGUUUUAGCAAUUUUAUCAAAUUCAAUAUA